AGGCCAUAUCCGGCUCGGAGCGCGCCCUCGCGGCCCCGCCCUCUUCGGUCACCAGGAAGGCCGCGGGCGGCCCAACGCCCGCCAUGACCGCGCCGGGGCCUGCCGGCGAGGUGGUGGCGGGAGCGCGGGCGCUGCGCGCGGAGCUCGAGGCCCUCAGGGGGGAGCUGGCCCUCGUGCGGGAGGCGCACGCGGACGCCAGGCGGCUCCGGACGGCGGGCGGCGCGGGCGUUCGCUUGCUGGCUCAGGGCGAUGAGUGGGCCGCCAUCGGCCAUCACUCGGACGAGGAGGAGGCGGAGAACGGCUGCCGGUCAACCCGGCAUGCACAACAAACAUUCCACGCUCGCGAGCGGCGUCUCACCUUGGGCGCGGAUGCGCUCGAGCGCCAUGCAAUGAUCGGCGAUGUGGAUGUCGAGGUGCACGCAGAGGGCAAGGAGUGGCAGCACGGCAGCGACUCUGGGGACGACGCCGCGCACGAUGAGCAGAGCAAGCUCCGCCACGCGGAGAACACCUUCAGGAAGCGGGAGAGGCGCCUCACCCACGGUGAGCAGGAGCUGCUGUCAGGCAGGCCGCAUGGAGACAAGGACGUGGACCUCUUGCCCGAAAAGUCAGAGUGGGCUCAUCACGAGGGGGACUCUUCGGACGGAGAGGGCGCCCAGGCGCAGUUCAACGAGGAGGUGCACCGGAGGAGAGAGCGACGGCUUACUCGAGGCGCCUCCAUACGGGAAAUGGAGGUCACCAUGGGCGACGCCGACGUGCCAGUGGUAGCCGAGGGGACUGAGUGGGUGGGCGCGGAGGGGCAUUCCGACGACGAGGUGGCCCACGAGCGAUUCAGCGAGGAGGUGCACCGGAGGAGAGAACGACGGCUUACUCGAGGCGCCUCCAUACGGGAAAUGGAGGUCACCAUGGGCGACGCCGACGUGCCAGUGGUAGCCGAGGGGACCGAGUGGGUGGGCGCGGAGGGCCAUUCCGACGACGAGGUCGCCCACGAGCGAUUCAGCGAGGAGGUGCACCGGAGGAGAGAACGACGGCUUACUCGAGGCGCCUCCAUACGGGAAAUGGAGGUCACCAUGGGCGACGCCGACGUGCCAGUGGUAGCCGAGGGGACCGAGUGGGUGGGCGCGGAGGGCCAUUCCGACGACGAGGUGGCCCACGAGCGAUUCAGCGAGGAGGUGCACCGGAGGAGAGAGCGACGGCUUACUCGAGGCGCCUCCAUACGGGAAAUGGAGGUCACCAUGGGCGACGCCGACGUGCCAGUGGUAGCCGAGGGGACCGAGUGGGUGGGCGCGGAGGGGCAUUCCGACGAGGACGAGGGCGCCCUCGAGCGAUUCAGCGAAGAGGUGCACCGGAGGAGAGAGCGACGGCUUACGCGAGGCGCCUCCAUACGGGACAUGGAGGUCACCAUGGGCGACAUCGACGUGCCAGUGGUAGCCGAGAAGACCGAGUGGGCUGGAUGCGGGGACAGAGGCGACUCCGAGGAGGAGGGGGAGGAUGCCCAGCGGAGGCACGCCGAUGACACGAGCCGCUCCAGGGAGAGAAGGCUCACCUUUGGGAUGGAGGCGCUGAAGGACGAAAAGCCGCUGGGGGACCUGGAGGUCCCGAUUCUUGCCCACUCCGCUGAGUGGGGCGCCCUGGAGGGCAACCACGAGGAGGACGAGGACGACCACGAGCGUUCGCACACGGAGCGCAGCAUGGCCAGGGAGCGCCGGCUGACCGAGGGGGAGGAGGCGCUGAAGCGGUUCGCGUCCGCCGGCGACGCGGAUGAGAAGGAGCCGCGGCAGGGAAGGGAUCGGCCGGACGAG